AGCUCACUGCAUCAUCGGCUGUCCAUUGUCCUCCACUCGAAGUCCCCUGAGCUAUCUUUCUUCUCGUUUUGCUUUGCUUCCCACACAUGGCCAGAAAAACAAUGGCCAUAGACUUCGAUCGAAAACUCUUCUGGAUAUCUUUGUGCUGCUCGAUGUAUUUCAGCUCCACAUGUGCCUUCUUCACACCCGGAUUCCCACAUUCACUUUUUCGUCCACAGUGGCGGCUCGCUGAUUCUGGCCAAAAUACUGGUGGGUUGUACAGAACAGAGUUCUACACUCAAAUACUGGAUCACUUCGAUUUUAAUCCCCAGAGUUACCAGACGUUUCAGCAAAGAUAUCUCAUCAACGACACCCACUGGGGAGGUGCCUCCAAGAAAGCUCCCAUCUUUGUCUACACAGGAAAUGAAGGAGACAUCGAAUGGUUCGCUCAGAACACAGGCUUCAUGUUCGAAACGGCGCCCUAUUUCAAAGCCCUUCUUGUUUUCAUCGAGCAUAGAUUUUAUGGGAAAUCGAUUCCAUUUGGGGGAGAUAAAGAGAGAGGGAACUGGAAUAGCAGUGAAGUUGGAUAUCUGAGCAGCACACAGGCCUUGGCUGACUAUGCCACCCUGAUCGUUGAUCUCAAGAAGAACCUGUCUGCCACUGACUCCCCUGUUAUAGUCUUUGGAGGAUCCUAUGGAGGAAUGCUGGCGGCUUGGUUCAGGAUGAAGUAUCCCCACGUCGCCCUUGGAGCCUUAGCAUCGUCUGCUCCAAUCCUGCAAUUUCUGGAUCUGGUUUCACCGUACACCUUCAACGAUAUCAUCACACAAGACUUCCGGAGCGAGAGCGAGAACUGUUACAGAGUGCUAAAAGGUUCAUGGAAAGAGAUAGAAGAGGCGGGUAACAAACCCGGAGGGCUAGACAUCCUGCGCAAAUCCUUCCGAAUAUGCAAGAAUUAUAUAAGCUCGGAUGCUUUGACAAGUUGGCUUCGGGGGGCACUGAUAUACACGGCCAUGACGGAUUAUCCCACGCCUUCCAAUUUUAUGAGCCCAUUGCCUGCUUAUCCCGUGAAAAAGAUGUGCGAGGCAAUUGACAGUUCAGGAAGCGGGAACGACACGUUUGCCAAACUGUAUGCAGCGGCUAAUAUAUUCUACAAUUACUCUGGCACUGCCACGUGUUUUGACCUCCAGGAUGAUUCUGACCCUCAUGGUCUCGCCUUAUGGCAAUGGCAGGCGUGUACGGAGAUGAUAAUGCCGGAGGGAGGGAGCAGUGAGGGGAGCAUAUUCCCAGCUUACGAGUGGAAGUACGAGGACAGAGUAUCGGCCUGCUCAGCUAACUACGGCGCAGAGCCCAGGCCCCACUGGAUCACCACUGAGUUUGGCGGCCCAGGCAUUGAGAGAGUGCUGAAAAGGUCAGGCGGCAACAUUAUCUUCUUCAAUGGCUUGAGAGACCCCUGGAGUGGUGGAGGUGUAUUGAAGAAUAUUUCACAGACUGUGGUGGCCAUUGUGGCCAAACAAGGGGCUCAUCAUGUGGACCUGAGGUUCUCCACGGAGGAAGAUCCACAGUGGCUGAAAGAUGUGAGGAAGCAAGAGGUGGACAUCCUGUCCGGCUGGAUCUCUCAGUAUUAUCAAGACCUAGCCCAGUGACGCAGCAUCUUUUCCAGCUUGUUCUCAAACACUGACACGCUCAUUUGUAUGACGAACUGUGGUAAACACGAUUCAUUUGGGUCGACACAAUAGAUAGACAAAUAAUAUAUUCUAAAUAUAAGACAUUAUAGAAUAAGUUUUAUAUUUA